AUGCAAAACUACAGCAGCAGCAGCAGCAGCAACAGCAGCAGCAACAACAAAAGCAACAACAACAACAACAACAACAACGACAACCACAUUUCGAGCUGCCACUUUGAGGCGCAUCGUUGCCAAAUCGAUGUGAGUCAAGAGCCACAGCCUGGCUAUCGUCAUGUGCCCACAGAUGUGGAUAUUCAGCUGGAGUGCCAACAGCCCCAAGCCAAAUGGUUCUUCAACGAGCAGCUCCAGCACAGCGGCAGCAGCUGGCUGCUGGAGCGCGCUCAGAGAGAGCAAUCGGGUCACUAUGCGUGCCAGUAUGCUGGCAAUCGGUGGGCCAAUCUGACGCUGCUGAUUGGCUACCAGAAGGCUAGCGAUGACCUGGCCAGCUUCAGCCGGGUGUACAGCGAGCCAGUGGAGCACUAUCUGCUGCCGUUGAACGAGAGUCAGCAGCCGCGCUUCGCCCAGCCACUGGAGCCGCUGGUGCGGCGCACGGCGGGCUCUAUGGUUCACCUGAACUGCACCCCGGCAGCGGGAGUUGCAUGGACGAACAUUAGCUGGUUUCACAAUAACACCCAAGUGGGAAGCAGUGCUAGGAAGACGGUGCACAGCAUGUGGCAGCUGCAGCCCCAGGAUGCGGGUGACUAUCGCUGUCGCCUGUGCAAUGAUCAGAGCUGCGCCGACAGCAGGACUCGCUUGGAAGUGCUGAGGCGUCAGCACAUGGCCCCUGUGCUAAGUCCGGGCUAUCCGCGUAACGUGACCGCUGUGCUGGAGGAGCAGCCGAUCAUAGAGUGCAAGCUGGAGGACUCGCAGCUGGAGCCACAAAUCACCUGGCUGCAACAGGUGCGAGCUGGUGACAUAAACUCGCUGCUUCAGCGGCUGGAGCAGCAAGCCAUCCUGGUGGACACUGAUGAGGUGGUCAGACUGCCGGCCCGCAAGGAUGAGCCGCAGCUGCUGCGUCUGGGCAGCGUGGAGCCCUACGAUGCUGGCUGGUAUAUCUGUGUUGCCGAGAACCGCUUGGGGCGCACUGUGGGCGCUGCCUAUUUGCAGGUGGUGCCAAAGCCCAUCAAUGUGCCCACUUCAACCGCGCAGCCAACGACAACCACAACCACAACGCAGCAAUCGGUCAUUAACGCCACGGAUGACGAUGCGGCGGAUGAGGCAGCCGACGAUGUCGCGGACGAUACCACAGUGGAGCAGUUCCCCAAGUUCAAGAAGCCCCUGAAACGUUUGCAGCAUUUGCCCUCGGGCAAGACCCUUACCCUCUCUUGCCCCAGCACUGCGCAUCCGCCGGCGAACAUCAGCUGGACCUUCAAUAAGGGCGACGGCUACAAGGAGCUGCAGCGCGACAUUGGGGGCUACAAGUUCAGGCGCUGGUCCCUCACCAUGGAGGAUGCCAUAUCGAAGGACACGGCCCUGUACAAGUGCAAGGUGUGCAACAUCCUCGGCUGCAUUGAAUUCGAGUACAGCGUUGUGGUCAACGAUCGCAUCCGAGCGCCGCCCAUCAUUACCAAAAUGGACAACAAGACGGCGCUGGUCAACACGCAGGUGGUGCUGAAGUGCGAUGUGCUGUCCGACAAUGAGCCCUCUAUCCGGUGGAUACGUGUGAUGCACCACAAUCACUCGAUGCCCCUGGCAGUGGACUCGAUGCAGCCGGGCGUGGUGCACAUCGAUCUGAAAACGUCCAUGGAUCGCCCAGAUUUGCUGGUGUUCAACAAUGUGAGCCACCUGGACGAGGGCUGGUACACCUGCAUGGCCUCCAAUUCGCUGGGCAUGAGCAACGCCAGCAUCUAUCUGCGCGUGGUCGAUCAUCUGCCCUAUUUGCACUUCAGUCAGCUCCUCCACACGCAUCCCGUGGCCUUCGUCGUGAUCGUGGUGAUGAUAAUUGUGUUGUUCCUGCUCGGCAGCGCGUUUAUAGUGUAUAUGCUGCGUCGGCUGCGGCGGGAGAAGCUGCUGAAACAUCGCAUCGAGACGGUGCAUCAGUGGACCAAGAAGGUGAUCAUCUACAAGCCGGCCAGCGCCGAGGGCAGCUCCUGUGCGGGCGACCUGCAAAUACCUGUCAUUAAGAUCGAGAAGCAACGGACAACGUUCUCCAAUACCACGACGGGCGGCUCCUCGGAUCCUACACAGGGCUUCAACGAGUACGAGUUCCCGCUGGACUCGAACUGGGAGAUUCCCAGGCAGCAGCUGGUGCUAGGCUCCAUUUUGGGCGAGGGCGCCUUUGGGCGUGUGGUCAUGGCCGAGGCGGAUGGCCUGCCGCGCAGUCCGCCAUCCUCGAACAAUGGCAUGGGCACCAUUGUCGCCGUCAAGAUGGUGAAGGAGGAGCACACGGACGCGGACAUGGCCAGCCUGGUGCGCGAAAUGGAGGUGAUGAAAAUGAUUGGCAAGCACAUUAACAUCAUCAACCUGCUGGGAUGCUGCAGUCAGAGCGGUCCAUUGUGGGUCAUUGUCGAGUAUGCACCCCAUGGCAAUCUCAAGGAUUUUCUCAAGCAAAAUCGACCGGGUCAACUGCAGCGGCGCAGCGACAGCGAUGGCUAUCUGGAUGACAAGUCGAUGCAGCCACAACAGCAGCUGGGCGAGAAGGAGCUAACCAUGUUCGCCUUCCAAAUAGCUCGCGGCAUGGAGUACCUAGCCUCGCGACGGUGCAUUCAUCGUGAUUUGGCAGCGCGCAAUGUGCUCGUCAGCGAAGGCUAUGUGAUGAAGAUAGCCGACUUUGGAUUGGCCAGGGAUAUCCAGGAUACGGACUAUUAUCGGAAGAAUACCAACGGACGACUGCCCAUCAAAUGGAUGGCGCCGGAAUCAUUGCAGGAGAAGUUUUACGAUUCCCAGAGCGACGUUUGGAGCUACGGCGUCCUGCUCUGGGAGAUAAUGACCUAUGGCGAACAGCCGUACCCGAAUAUCAUGUCCGCUGAGGAGCUGUACAGCUACUUGAUCACUGGCCAGCGCAUGGAGAAGCCGCCGAAAUGCUCGCUCAACAUAUACGUGGUGAUGCGUCAGUGCUGGCACUUCGAGUCGUGUGCGAGGCCCACGUUUGCUGAGCUCGUGGAGAGUUUCGAUGGCAUACUGCAGCAGGCGAGCAGUAAUCCCAACGAUGCGUAUUUGGAUCUAUCGAUGCCAAUGCUGGAGACGCCGCCGUCCUCGGGCGAUGAGGACGACGGCUCUGAAACUGAAACAUUCCGAGAGACUUUACCGCUUAGAUAUCAAUAUACAUAUAAGUUCAACUAGUGUUAGGGAUGGCUUUACCGAGAACAUCCAUCGAGCAUCAUACAAAAAUACUCAAUAAAAUAC